AUGUCUGCUGCUCCCACCCCUGCUUCUUCUCUGCCCUCCCCUUAUUUAAUAGCCAACUUCUUCCCCACAAACCCUCCGUACCUCCUUUUCAUUGGGGACUUACCAGUGUGGGCCACAGAACUGGCACCUGCCAUGCCGUGUUCCCUGCCAGCUUCCCCACCCCCCAAAAACACCACUAGCUACUUGGCUUCUGUACAUUUUGAGCCACCUGCCCACCCCUUGCCCUGCUCUCUCUCUCUCUCUCUCUCUCCCUCUCUCUCUCUCUCUCUCUCACACACACACACACACACACUCUACCCCCCUGCUUUCUGCAUUAGUGCCCACACGAACUACGUUCGUUCCCCCCUCUUCACACGACUAGAACCCACCUCAAGCCAGGGGUUGGAUUUUUUAAUGCACACAUAA